AUGAUGCAUCCUUACAAUGAAACAGAUCCCGAGAUUGUUCGGCGGCGUGCCAUUCAACAAAUCUACUUUGACAACACUCUGACACCGUCCCAAAAGCACGAACGCAUCCUUGCCAUUCAAGAAAGGGCCCAUGAUUCGGAUAGUGAUAAUAUGUCCAUCUUUACGGAAGGUACUGGAGUCAAAUCGCCCAAAGGAUCAGUAACUUCCAACAAUUCUGGUAGAGGACGCAGUCGUCAUGAUGAUACCCCAAAGAGCACCAAUAGCAGCGUAAAGAGCUCCAAAAGCAACAAAAGCACGAAGACGAACUCCAACAAAACGAGCAAAAAGGUUACUAGAAGUGCAAAGCCAGAGAGCAAAUUGAGCAAGAAGGAGGAGGAGACCACACCAACUACCGCUACUGCUACAAGUAUUAUAACGCCGCAAACACCACAGAAAGCCACUUCUUUCAACUCCUUGUCGAAAUUUGAUGCUUCCCCUGACUUUAAACAACGACAGCAAGAUGUAUACGAUGGUGACUUGUAUCAACAACAUAUCGCUCCACCCAUGGAAGACGUCGAAAGUGUAGUUGUCCACAGUCAGAACGGGGAAGAGGAGGAAGCAGAAGAAGACGGAAUGAAGAUAAUUCCACUGGACGGUGAUGACGAGGAAACACCAUUGCAACAACAGAAAUAUGUUCCAAGUGAGAAUAUUGCGCAUCCAGCUACCGAGUUGACCGAGCCCGAAGAUUUGAAUAAAACCAGAAGCAACGGAACGAAAACUCAAAGCUCUGAUACGGAACCAGCCUCUUACAAUGAUUCCGCUUCCAUGGAUAGCAGCAUUGACACACAAGAACAAAACAAGGAUAUGAUGAACAAUGAGGCAAUCGACGAUAAAAUGGUCAAAAGCUUUACGUAUCGCAAAAAGAGAGCUUGUGCGUUUUUUGUUUGCAGUAUGUUCCUACUCGCUGCCUUGAUUGCGCCAUUGGUCUACUUUAACCGUGACUGGUUUGCAGAAAACCUCAAGCCACUUUCAGGUUCUACACCCAAUCAAGGAGAAAGCAAUGAUGGCAGUGCACUCUCUAGCAAUCCACCCAACGAGAAGACCGACAUGCCAACCUCAUCUCCCACCAAGGAAUAUUUAUAUGAUCCACCGAAUGCGCAAGACUGUCAAGACAUUGCCAAUGGAAACUUCCCACUACAAAACGGUUGGAUCCUUCGACGAUUCCAGGUUCCGAUGGAUGUGAAUCUACAAUAUGAGACUACUGAUGUGGACACCAUGGCAACCAUGCUUGUUUCCCACUUGCAAUCCGAUCUUGCUCCCAUCUUGGCCGGUUGCGACGCUGUUGUGGGCGAGUCCUUUUUGCGACGUAGAUUGGUGGCAAACACAAGAUUUGUCAUUGGUAAUGCCAUCAUGUCAGCAUGGCACGAAUCGGAUGAUGUUUGCGCUACACAAAAACGCACCUGCUACCGCGUCAUGGUCGAAAUAUCACUCUUUGUCCAGGGAACAAAGACCAACACUUCGUUUCAGAAUCUUGUCACUGAUGUUUUGGAAGCUGGCGGCGAUGGGUCCCUGGUGAGCCAAUUGGACUUGCCAUCUCCCUUUGAUGACAUCAAAGUGCGGGGCGUCUUUCCUACCUUUACCACCGAGUCUCCCACCACCAGACCAUCCAUGGCACCAACUGUACCGAUCACGCCGUCGCCGACUACAGCACCAGUAGUACCAGCCACCCCCAAUCCAACCAUUGAAGCCUCUGCACAACCUACCGUCACGCCAACACCACGACCUACCGCCCAACCAACUCUUUCUCCAACCGCAGAAGCCGUGGACUGCAAAUCGACUCUUCAACAAGUCUUGGCGAACAGCGGCGUUACCCAACUAGAUGACAAUGCCUUUCAAUGGAUGCAAGUGGAUCAAUGGCGGUGCAAUGGAAACCAGAAUAGCAUUGUGGAUCGAUAUGCAUUAGCAUCUCUCUAUUUGAGUCUCGGAGGUGAACAAUGGUCGCGCAAGACCCAGUGGAUGAGUGCUACGAGUGUCUGCCAGUGGCAAGGAGUCGGUUGUGAUGCCAACUCGAUUGCUGUCACUUCGUUGCAACUUGGAGACAAUCAAUUGUCCGGAGCCAUGCCUAUAGAACUGAGUCUACUUACCAAGCUGACCAACUUGGACUUAGACACCAACGGACUAGGCUCGCGAAUCUUGCCCGAAUUGGCAAAUCUGGUGGAACUCACGAACCUGAACUUGGCCAACAAUGCCUUGACCGGACAAGUACCCGAUACCUUUAGCAGCUUGGUGAAGUUGGAAUCUUUGAAGGCAGACUCGAACCAAAUGCAGGGACGUCUCACAACACAGAUCGGGCAAAUGACGAGACUUUUGGAACUGUCUCUGUCUGCAAACAAGCUUAGUGGGAACAUUCCUACGGAAAUUGGCAUGCUUUCGAUUCUCCAACGACUGAAUCUCUCUUCCAACAAAUUCUCAUCGAUGCCUGAUGAAAUCUCCCAACUGACAUCAUUGAGAUCGUUUGAAAUCAGUUCGAACAAGAUGAAAGGUGAAAUUCCCGAAUUGUCAUCAAUGGCCCAAUUGACUCUGCUGCGACUGGACAACAACAAAUUAAGUGGAGAUAUUCCUCCAUUGCCAUCGUCGCUUUCGACUUGUAACUUGACCAAGAAUAAGUUUAAAGGGAACACCAAGAAUGGAGAAGGUGUUUGCAUUCUGAACUAA